UGGUACAAGACAUAAGCAAAACAUGUUUUUAUGCAAUGAAAUUUCUGCGUGAAAACAAACGUAACAAUUGAAUCAUCCGUGACCGUCACUCAUUCAGAUUUUAGAAAAUAUUUUUUUUGCAAUUACUUGUUUAUUUAGUAAUAUUAAUAAAUCAGUUUAAGGAAAAUGUCGCGGCCCGGGGAUAGACCGAGUCAGGCACAAACGUACAAGCUAGUAGUUGUCGGCGGAGGUGGAGUUGGGAAAAGCGCUAUCACAAUCCAAUUUAUACAGAGUUAUUUUGUGACCGACUAUGACCCCACCAUUGAAGACAGCUACACAAAGCAGUGUGUCAUUGAUGACAUUCCCGCAAAAUUGGACAUCCUGGACACAGCCGGUCAAGAAGAGUUCAGCGCGAUGAGGGAGCAGUACAUGCGCUCAGGCGAAGGGUUCCUGCUGAUAUUCUCAGUGGCAGACCACGCCAGCUUUGAGGAGCUGUUCAAGUUCCACAAGCAGAUCCUGCGUGUAAAGGACCGGGACGAGUUCCCCAUGCUAAUGGUUGGGAACAAGGCGGACUUGGAACACCAGAGACUGGUAACACUGGACGAAGCCCAAGCACUUUCCCGCCAGUUAAAGAUACCAUACAUUGAGUGCAGUGCGAAAGCGCGAAUGAACGUCGACCAGGCCUUCCACGAGCUCGUUCGACAAGUGCGUCGGUUCCAGGAAACUGAGAGGAUCCACAUCAAGUCGGAAAACAGGAACAAGAAGAAAAAGUGCACCAUAUUGUAAAGGAGCGUGCGGUGAGCUUUGUA